AAGUUGUAUCGUUUCUGUUUGACAGCUCUGUACAAGAUUUGGGAUAACCUCAUCGCGUUUAUUGUUGACCACCGCGUGAUAUUACUUAUUCAUUAUUUGGUUCGGUGAUCGUUCAGUUUAUUGUGCACAUAUCAAUCCACGAUGGGGAAGGUACGUUCAACACCGGGUGCCCCCCGGAAACAGGGGUUCAACAAAUCUGGCCAUUCUAUGAAUCCCGACCGACCAACUGAGGGGUUAAAAGGCGUUGGGAAUCCCAGGACAAAAGGCACCAUCAAAAGGCUUCAGAUGUAUAGGAAUUUCAAAGCUAAAAGAGACAAGACUGGUAAAAUUCUGACUCCAGCGCCAUUCCAAGGUUGGUUACCGUCUGGUACUCGGGCUCGAGUGGAACCCAACCAAAAAUGGUUUGGAAACUCACGCGUUAUAUCACAGAGCGCUUUACAAAAGUUCCAAGAAGAAUUUGGAGCUGCAGUCAAAAAUCCUUACCAAGUGAUUAUGAAACCAACCAAUUUACCCAUAACAUUGCUAAAUGAAAAGGCGAAGAAUGCUAGAGUACAUUUAUUAGACACAGAAGGUUUUGAUAAAACAUUUGGGCCAAAAAAACAAAGAAAGCGAGUAAACUUGAAAUUUAAUGAUAUUCAUGCAUUACACAAAGCUGUCGAGGAGAGUGUCGACAAUUAUGAUGAAACUAAAGAUAUAGAUAGAGUCCGUGAGGAUACCGGUGUUAAGGAAGGGCAGCGAGACUGGGUGUUUGGGGCAGGAAUGAGCAAAAGAAUAUGGAAUGAAUUGUACAAAGUCAUUGAUUCAUCUGAUGUGCUUCUCCAGGUUCUAGAUGCUAGGGAUCCCAUGGGGACAAGGAGUCCAUAUGUUGAAAAAUUUCUCAGAGAUGAAAAACCUCAUAAACAUCUCAUUUUUGUUUUAAAUAAAGUUGACUUAGUCCCCAACUGGGUUACACAACGUUGGGUUGCAAUCCUUAGUGCAGAAUAUCCUACAAUUGCUUUUCACUCUUCAUUAACACAUCCUUUUGGCAAAGGUUCAUUGAUUAACUUAUUGCGACAAUUUGGUAAACUGCAUAUUGACAAGAAACAAAUAAGUGUUGGAUUGAUAGGUUAUCCUAAUGUAGGAAAAUCAUCUGUGAUAAAUACUUUGAGGUCAAAAAAAGUCUGCAAAGUUGCCCCAAUUGCUGGUGAGACUAAAGUAUGGCAGUAUAUUACCUUGAUGAGGAGAAUAUUCCUUAUAGAUUGUCCUGGUAUUGUGUACCCAUCUGCCGAGACAGAUACUGAGAAGGUAUUGAAAGGUGUUGUAAGAGUAGAAUUGGUUCAAAACCCAGAAGACUACAUUGAAGAAGUAAUUAAACGGGUCAGAAAGGAGUAUUUAAUUAAAACAUACAAAGUGGAUGGUUGGGACACAGCUACUGGGUUUUUAGAAAAACUUGCUGCAAGGACCGGAAAAUUGUUAAAGAAAGGAGAACCCGAUGUAAAUCAAGUGGCCAGAAUGGUUCUUAAUGAUUGGCAAAGAGGUAAAUUGCCAUUCUAUGUAGCGCCUGAAGGAUUUGAAGUGCCAUUAUCAAAGCAACAAAAAGAGGAUGUUAAGGAACCACCACCAACAAGUGAGAAUAAGAGCAAUGAAGAAACUGCUCCAGAUGCCCCUGAAACAGAGGAAGCAAAUGAGAAAGGAAUAGUUGAUAAACCAAUAGUACAUAUAAAUAAAUUAAUGAUAGCUCAAGACUUUGCAAAAAUAAAAGUUGGACUACAAUUUGACAAUGAAAAAGAUAUUAAAACUUUAGAGGAAAUGAACAUCCCAGAGGAAUUGAAGAAUAUAGAUGAUGGAGAUGGUGAUGAUAAUGAAUCGAAAAGUGCGAAGGACAUUUACAAGAGCAGUGAAGGUGAUAAUGGUGAUGAUUCUUCCGACAUUAGUGAGUUUUAUAGUAAUGAUGAAAAGGACUUGAGUGAUGCUGAGGACUAUUUAACAAAUGAUCCAGAUACUAUUAAGGAAUUGAAAAGAAAGAAAAUGGAAGCAGCUAGUGGAGCCUUUACAAUAGAAGAAGUUCCUCAAAAUUCAAAGAAACAAAAAACUAAUCCAAAUAACAAACAAAGCACAAAGAAAAUCACUGCAAGGCAAAGAAGAGCUAUUGAAAGAGCUCAACGACGAACCAAGACUGGAAGCAACUUUUAUGAAGUUUCCAAUAUGUCAUCUGGCAGUGAAAGUGACGAAGAUUAUGUUCCUAAAGAACCAGAACAGUUAUCCGAAGAAGAGUCAGCAGAUGACGAAACUGAAAAACAAUACGACGCAGAGGUCGAAAAUAAUAAGAAAAGAAAAGCGAUUCAAGAAGGUAAAGGGAAAAAGAAAUUAAAAAAGGCAAAAGUAACAAGAACCAAACCUGACCCAGAACCAAUAGAGGAAGAUGACAGGGAAACAGAAGUAAAAUUAAAUCCUGAAGAAGAAAAGAAAAGAGAAGAAGAUCUUUGGGCUAAAUUUCUUGAAGGCACUGAUAGUAAACCUAAGGCAAAAGAAAGUAACAUUCCUAAAGAUCCCAUUAAAACUGUUGUAAAGGAAGAAAAACCACAAACAAGCACAAAACAUAAUGACGAUUUAAAAGAAAAAGAAAGGAGAAUUUUUGAGUUUGCUGGUGAAACAAUUAUUGUGGAAAAUAACGUUAUUAAAGAGAAAAUGAAAAAAUCUGAUACUCCUGGUGACUCAAAUAAAGAAGAUGGACCUUCACAAGUGUCAAUAAGUAAUAAAUCUGCAGGAAAAUCUGGCUUAUCUAAUAUAUUAGGCAACUUAAACAAGAAAAAUAAGUUGUCGACAUUGGAGAAAUCAAAGCUCGAUUGGACAACUUAUAAGCAAGAAGAAGGCAUAGAAGAGGAAAUACAGAGUCACAACAAAGGAAAGCAAGGGUACUUGGAGCGUCGAGAUUUCUUAGAGCGAGCGGAUCUGCGCCAAUACGAGAUUGAAAGAGACUUGAGAAUGAACCGUCGUAGCAACCGAUAAACAAUAUUAAAUGCCACAGAGCAAUUCAAAUUUACAAAUAAAUUCUUGAGUACCUACCUCGUAAAAGAA